CUCAUGGUUUGGAAACACUGUUUGGAUGGAACAAUUACGAGAGCGUCGGAGUAAUGCAAGUUUUCUAGGUUCAUAAAAAGCAAAAUGUCUAUUAAAUGCACGCCUUUUUGUCGUCCCUGCGACAAGGGCUAUAAACAUCACGAGUUAUUGGUCACUCUUUUAAACACGAGGGAAUCGGAGACGAUAUGCCCUCGCUUUUCCGAAGAUCACGAACUGCUGAAGAGCGUGAUAGAUAAGCACAGGUUGAAAGGCUGGGACAUAAACACCGAUAUUAUGGAGGAGAAUGUCGAAUUUCGAUUCCCUUUACUGCACUGGGCAUGUGUACUGGGUAAAAUACGCACAGUUCGCUGGUUACUUGACCAGGGGUUCAGUCCGACUGUCCAAACUAAAGAGACCAAGGAGACCUGUGUCCACCGAGCUUUAGUCACUCUACCUGACCUUACCGCGACCAAAAGCGGACGAUGGUCCAUGCAAAGGUUUGAAACUCUGCUGCCAUAUUUUCGGGAUUGUCUGGCGAUGGGCAAUCAUAGACAAGAAACACCACUCCACCUAGCAGCAGGUUGUAUUUUACAAAAUAAAUGUUACAAACUGUAUGAAAACGUCCUUCUUAGUAUGCUGUCGGAGGUUAAAAAACUUCCAUAUAACGAAAAACUCGCGUGUCUAAAUGCCCAAAACGGUUCGGGCGAUACGGUUCUUAAUCUCCUCGCCUCUGGCUGCAAGUCAGUUACGAUGAUAGAACAACUCAUGGACAUGGGUGCCGAUAGUAUGAUUGUAAAUAAGUUAAACAUCGGGCCCCUGGAUAACGCAGAGCGUCAUGGACUCGUCCAUGUCGCUAACGCUUUGAGGGGCUCCUUUCUCCGGGGUUGUGGAGUGUUUCUGAACAACAGCGAGUACCGAAGUAACAUGGUGAUAAACGAGGAUUCGAAAAAACGUAGGUCCGAGAGAAGGUCGACUUAUUACAGUACGAUGGCGUCGUUGAGUAUGUUUUGUCGUGGAAAUGAAGGCGAUUUGGAGAAAUCGUCAUUACGCUCACAGCAAAUAAUUAGUCCGAGCAAGGACUCCGAGAAGAGCAGCAAAUCGAAUGAAACCGACGAGUUGGACAAUGUUGAUGUUGAGAAUAUUUUCCUUCUCGAUUCAGAGGAUGACGAGACGUCCAGUCACUCUUCCUCGAUACUCAACUGUUUCGGUGAACAUGCUUCGACUCCAUUAGAGCAACAAAAUAUCGCUUUGCAAAGACUAGCGACAGAAGAAGAAAUUAAACAUGAUGAAGAUGAUGAAGAUGACUUGGGGAUGUGCACGUGUUCCGGGGAUGACAACGACGAGAACACUAUCGCCACUAAUAAUAAUAACGAAGAUCAAACUAAAGAAGAUUCUGACCAAUUAAAACUGAUGGAAGUCAUGAAAGAAGCUGGAGUGUUGCCAAACCUUAGUGACGUCAUAACAAGAACAAAAGAUGGACACUUGAAGCGAAUACAGCAGAUUACAGAAUCAAUAACAAAAUUUGAGGAGAGCCGCAUGGAGGGCCUUAACCAAGAACGAAUUCUGCGGAGGACUAUUGAACAAAAAAGACGAGAUAUGAAGAAGUUGAAAAAGGAGCUACGCACGGUGAGAAACCGGAUGUCAAGUAAUAACAACAAAAGGAAGUUGAUGGAGGAUGAAUGUCGGGAUCUGCGAAAGAAAUUGAUUUGUUGUGAAACGCUUUUAAAAACUGUUCCGAAAGAUGAUCGUACUUGAAGGCGUCGCACACCCGGGCGGAGAGAAAGUGAAACUCGUUUGUUUUGAGAGUCGGACUUUCGAGAUGAAAUUAAUAAAAAAAGAUGUUUAAAUUUAGUUAAAAGACAUGUAUGCGAAGUUGUAAGAGACGCUUGUAAAUAUACGGGGGUUUUUGUUUUACCUGGGGAAGAAGGUCUGGAACCACUGACCUAUAUAUACUACCAGAACAAUCUUCUUCCAUUUAGUGUAAGUCUGUGCCUAGAACUAAAAUCUAUUGUGCCUUAUUAUUAUAACGUACCAAUGUAUAAUUUCAACCUUAUACUUAUUUCACUAUAAAUUAAGUAGUUUUGAUUAAGCAGUGGUUUCUAAUUCGAUAUCACGCCCAGCUCACUCCAGUGUUUUCAGAUCAUCUGGUAACCGACGUUGUACCCAUACAAACUGAUAGUCUGAUAAUUAUUGUACCAAUAUAGUUGCACCUAUGAGGUACAGUUGUCUUCACGACUUACAUAUUUGUCGCAAGUACAGGAAUGAGAUAAAAACUCACUAUUCUAUCUAUAAUUUAACAUACCACAUAGUACAAGCAGGGAAAACGAACAAUUGGUUUGCUCUUUUGGAAUUAUAGAGGGUGUCCCAAAAAACCAAACAGAUGAACUAUUUUUUUUGCCCAAGUUCGUCCACACGGAUGAUCCGUCUCUAGUAUAAAUCGGGCCAAUCUCAUUAUCUCAUCUUAAGCACAAUAGAUUUUAGGUAAUCAUAAUUACCGGAGUAACAUACUCAACCCGACUUUACUUAAAAUUUAUUCAGUACAAGGCGUUUUCAAAAAAAUUGACACUACGUGUCCUCAAAA